UGACCUACCCGCCAAACGCCAAAAUGGCUCCACUAAUAUCGAGGCAUCUUGUAUUCUUAUGACAGCGUUGAUUGUUUAGGAUUGGUUCUGACUUAAUUUAAUCAUUUCAUCAGGCAAAUACCUUUGAAUAAAUGGUAAAAUAUCGAUUUCUGGGGCUUUAACCUGGGGUUCAAUGUCAAAUUAGAGUAUGCAGAGUGACAAGCUAUUAAAGAGAUUACAUAACCUACUAUUCGGUUUGUAUCCAUUAUUCAAGUACAUACAUCAAAUUAAAAAAUGAGUGGAGAAACACAAAUAUCAAACAUUGUUAAUGAGAUUCUGAAAGUAGAAGCCAUCGAAGAAGCUUUUAGUUGCGUCUUGGUACACAAUUUGGAUAACGAUCUCGCGAAAACAAAGUCAUGGCAAACAGAAUUAAGUGUAGCCAUUGGCAAACUCGCUGCCGACCAGCAGGAAGCGGCUGUAAAGCAGUUCCUCCUCUUAGCUGCAGGAAUGACGAAUCAUCGUCGUCUACAGAUGCUGCUCGGGCUUCUGGAAGGCCUGGUGAGCGGUAACGUCUUACCUGCAAGAAUGAUAUGUGAAGCAAUCUUAAGCUGUGACAAACUUGUCUAUGACCUACAAGAUUUCUGGGUUGAAUGUUUCGGUUUAAUACGCCGAAUAACCGGUGGCGUAGACUACAAAGGUGUUCGCGAGAUAAUGAGAGGUUGUAUAGAAAAAGCUCAAACGAUCCCGAUCCGAUUAAACGCUUCAGUGCAGCCCCAACUUAAAGCCCUAGAAUACGUGUUCGAGAAUAUUUUCGACAGGAGUAAUUGUCUUCUUCCCAGCUACUUCAUCAUCACAGAAAUUCAGAAAGUGUAUCCGGAUAACAAGAACUGGCCGCAUUGGAAGUUAGCCUCACUUCUCUCAAGUUUUGUCGAAAGUUUUCGUCCAGUUGCUCAGAUGGUUUCUAAAAUAGGCCACUCGAAAAUGCUCCCUGUUGUGGAGCAUACUGGAUAUGCUGAUCACCAAAUAAAUCCCUGGCUACUGGAUCCAUCCAGCCUCAAAUUUUCUCUAAAAGGAAGUUUACCGUACGACGCGGACCUCCUUAAACCUCAAACCGAACUUCUCCGUUACGUCUUAGAACAACCGUAUUCCAGAGACAUGGUUUGCUCAAUGUUGGGCCUCCAGAAGCAGCACAAGCAACGUUGUGUAGCUCUUGAAGAACAAAUGGUGGAGCUGGUGAUCCUGGCAAUGGAGAGAUCUGAGAACGACACGGUUCAGACUGAAGGUGUCGACGGAACCGUGGCGAAUCACUGGGUAUGGCUGCACCUUUCCUCGCAGUUGAUCUACUUCAUCCUCUUCCAAUUCGCCUCCUUUCCCAACAUCGUCAUGGCCAUUCAUGAAAAGCUAGCAGCGAGAGACUUAAAGAAGGGAAGGGAUCACUUGAUGUGGGUUUUACUGCAAUUCAUUUCUGGGAGUAUUCAGCGAAAUCCUCUGGCUAAUUUCCUGCCAGUCUUGAAGCUUUAUGACCUUCUCUACCCUGAAAAGGAACCUCUACCAGUUCCAGAUUACAAUCAAGCCCUCUGCACCCAUCAGAUGGCGAUCACCUGUAUUUGGAUCCACUUAUUAAAGAAGGCUCAACUGGAGCAUGCAAAUAUUCAUCGGCCUAUUCCAACAGCUUUAAAGGCUCAUCACGAAUUUCUUCAACAUCUAGUGAUGCCAACUACUUCCUUAUGCAUGGGAUCCGACUACAGAAUAGCCCUUCUAUGCAAUGCAUAUUCUACAUAUCAAGAAUAUUUCAGUAGGCCCAUGGCAACUCUAGUCGACACUGUUCUAGGGACACAGAAGAAUCAACAACAGCAGCCACUUCAGUCAAACCUCCAAAACAAUGCCGCCCUAGUGACAGGGCCAAUCACACCCUUGUCAAUGUCCAUCCUAGAUUCCCUAACUGUUCACUCGAAGAUGAGUUUAAUUCACAGCAUUGUUACUCAUGUUAUCAAACUAGCUCAGUCGAAAAGCAACAUGCCUCUGGCUCCUGCCUUAGUGGAAACCUACUCUCGCCUCCUGGUGUACACUGAGAUCGAGAGUCUCGGAAUAAAAGGGUUCAUAAGCCAAUUGCUCCCUCAAGUCUUCAAAUCUCACGCCUGGGGAACUCUUUAUACUCUCUUGGAAAUGUUCAGUUACAGAAUGCACCACAUUCAGCCACAUUAUCGUCUCCAGAUCCUCUCUCACCUUCACAGCCUGGCAGCUGUUCCUCAGACCAAUCAGACUCAAUUGCAUCUUUGUGUGGAGAGUACAGCACUCCGGAUGAUCACUGGAUUGGGAUCUGCAGAAGUUCAACCCCAACUUUCCAGAUUUCUCUCCGAACCUAAGACAUUAGUAUCAUCGGAGUCGGAGGAGUUAAACAGAGCUUUAGUCCUGACUCUAGCGAGAUCCAUGCACGUGACUGGAACAGGCUCUGAUCCUGUAGGUGGUGCCUGGUGCAAAGAGCUACUCAUCACAAUCAUGCAGAAUACCCCACACUCCUGGGCCAUCCACACUCUCGAGUGCUUUCCUCCAGUUCUCAGUGAAUUUUUCAAGCAAAAUAGUAUCUCAAGAGAAAACAAACAGCAGAUAAAGAAGGCUGUAGAGGAAGAGUACCGAAACUGGGCGUCAAUGAGCAACGAGAAUGACAUAAUAGCUCAUUUCUCAGUGCCAGGUACCCCUCCCCUAUUCCUCUGUCUUCUGUGGAAGAUGAUUCUGGAGACAGAUCGUAUCAGUCCAAUUGCGUACAAAAUUCUGGAGAGAAUAGGAGCCAGAGCUCUCUCCGCUCAUCUGAGAAAAUUUUGCGAUUAUCUUGUCUUCGAAUUCGCCAAUAGUGUAGGGGGACAGCACGUCAACAAGUGUGUAGACACGAUAAAUCACAUGAUAUGGAAGUACAAUAUUGUUACAAUUGACAGGUUGGUACUCUGUCUGGCACUGAGAACACAGGAGGGUAAUGAGGCACAGGUGUGCUUCUUCAUUAUUCAAUUGCUGCUCUUGAAAGCCGCUGAAUUCCGUAAUAGAGUGCAAGAAUUCGUUAAAGAGAAUUCCCCGGAACACUGGAAGCAGUCCAACUGGCACGAGAAACACUUGGCAUUUCAUCGAAAAUUUCCGGAGACUUUUGCCCCUGAGGGGAUUAUGGAUCAGACGAGUGGGGGACCUAGCCAGUAUCAGAAUCUCCCUGUCUACUUUGGCAACGUCUGCCUGAGGUUUCUCCCAGUCUUCGAUAUCGUUGUUCACAGGUACCUGGAGAUCCCCCCGGUUAUCAAAAGCCUGGAGAUCUUAUUGGAGCAUUUGGGGUGCUUGUACAAGUUUCACGACAGACCAGUCACCUAUUUGUAUAAUACUCUUCACUAUUAUGAAAAGAAACUGAGAGAUAAACCGCAACUGAAGAGAAGACUGGUGGCAGCUGUGUUGGGUUCGUUGAGAGAGAUCAGGGCACCUGGGUGGGCUCUCUCAGAGCCUUUCCUCCAUUAUAUGUCCAGAGUACCUGACGAGGCUGUUUCCUGGGUGCCAGAACUUGACUACUAUAUCAGACUAGUGAGAAGAAUCGUAGAGACAAUGUCAGGAACUCCACACUUCCCUUCAGUCGACUGGCGAUUCAAUGAAUUUCCAAAUCCAGCGGCUCACGCUUUGUACGUCACUUGCGUCGAGCUGAUGGCAGUCCCCGUCGCCCCAAAUUCCGUAGCCAAUGCUCUGCUGGAUGUCGUUGCCAAAGGAUAUACUGUCAUUCCUUCUAAAGACAUUCAUUUGUGGAUCAACUGUGUGGGCUUGUUGAUGGCGGCUCUCCCGGAAUGCUACUGGACUGCUUUCUAUGACCGAUUGGUUGUCACCAUCAACAGUCCUGGUUUGGCCAAGUGGCAGUAUAAUAAUUUGACUCCUUUCCAGAUGUUCAAUUUUGAUGUCACUCAUAAUUGUUUACUGGAAAAUAAGUACUCGUACAUGCUGUCAUUGACACACUCCAUCUGGCACCAUGCAGGUGUGGGGCACAUCACGACGAUGCCACAGUUCGUUAAGGAGAAGCUGCAGCCUGCUGUCACUAGUGAGGAGCAAUUGAUCUUUGCUUGUCACCUCAUUGGACCCACUCUGGCUCGAUUCAAUGUCGAAAGGCCCAAAGGUGUUGUGGAGUUAACAGUUAGUCUUUAUGAGAUGUUGGAACAGAUUGAUAGGACUCAGGCUACUUUAAAGUAUAUGGACCCUGUGUGUGACCUGCUGUAUCACAUCAAGUACAUGUUUGUCGGGGAUAUGAUGAAGACUGAUGUCGAGUGCAUUAUCAGGAGGUUGAGACCUGCACUGCAGAUGAGAUUGAGGUUCAUUGCUCAUCUCAAUAUUGAGGAGAUUCAGAUGAACUGAGUGAAGGACUGUUUCAAGGUUUGAAGUGCAUAGUUUAUAUUUCAUUCUGAGUUCACCGUGAAUGUGGUUUUGGACUUACCUUAUUGUUAUAGUCUAGUUUCUAUUGAUCAGACUAUGAUCAGACUUUUUUUGUAUAAAAUCGAAAUAGGCUCCUAAGUUUUAACGUAUACAUAUGUUUCACCGUUUUCACAUGGACAUAGGGAGAACAUCUUUAACAAUUUUUUAAAAAACAAUUGCAUAUUUUGAAGUUUGGAGACAAAUAUAUUGCAGUAUUGAUUUUUUGAAUUGCUUAGGGAUCUUAAUCGAGGACGUUAGGAGUCAUAUUUAAAAAAAAAAGACAUACCCAGUGUCAGUUAUACUGAGAUGCAAGAUUUAUAUCACAAUUUUUGAAAGUGAAUACAUUUGAAUGAACGUGCAA